CCCGUGCUUUCGCUUCGCAUCCUGGCAUUCGGCAGUUCGGCUGCCGGUUGGAGCGUUGAUCGGGGCCAUAUCCUCCAUGGAGUCCUCCAAGGGGGAGCCCAUGAGCGCUGGAAACGGCAAACCUGGCUGCCAGCUUCCUUCCAUUUCAAGAGCGGCCUGUGCUAGAGAGCUGGAGAAGGUUCCAGAGAAAAGUGACUUGGGCAUGACCAAGGUGGAAAGGAGAUACAAUGCCAAGCACGGUGAUGUCCUAGAAUCCAAGAGUUCUUUGGCCAACAAGAUGGCCUCUGACAGAAGGGCCAGUCUUUCGUCUUCUGAUGAAGCAGGUCUGAGAGUCACUGAGCCUCCGGGACCCACUGGGGUGGUGAUUCACUCUGACACAGCUGUGGAGAUGGGUCAGAAGUCCUCCUCCUCCUCUUCCUCCUCCCCUUCCUCUGCACAGUCUAAUCGCUCCUCUGAAUUUUCACUGCCUGGAUUCCAGAAGGAAAAAUAUCCUGAGGAAUUCAGCCUGCUUAAGUCACAGACAAAAGAUGGGCAGCGUCCUGAGUGGACAUUUUAUCCAAGGUUUAGCAGCAAUAUCCACACCUACCACGUUGGAAAGCAGUGCUUCUUCAGUGGGGUCUUCCGGGGCAACAGGAGGUCUGUGGCAGAGCAGACGGUGGACAAGAGCCUUGGGAGGAAGAAAUAUGAUAUUGAUCCCAGAAAUGGAAUCCCAAAGUUAACACCAGGGGAUAAUCCGUACAUGCUCCCAGAACAGAGUAAAGAGUUCUUCAAAGCGGGAGCAACUCUUCCACCUGUCAACUUUUCACUGGUUCCUUAUGAGAAAAAAUUUGAUACAUUUAUCCCAUUGGAGCCACUUCCACAAAUUCCCAACUUGCCUUUCUGGGAGAAGGAGAAGGCCAACAACUUGAAGAAUGAGAUCAAAGAAGUCGAGGAGCUGGACAACUGGCAGCCACCACCACCCUUUCUACACAGUUUUUUCUCCUCUGGUGCUUCCAACUUUCCAAGACAUCCCUGAGCAGAAAUGAGCCCCCAAGCAUGCACUGACUGACCUCCAGCCAGCCUCUGCCAUUGCUGGGUUUUUAUAGUCUUUGUUUUUGGCAUUGUCUCUGUCCUAAACCAGUUAUCUGACUCUAGUGAGGUAUCACUAUGAUUUGCCUUGUUUAACUGUCAACUGUAAAAACUUUCAAAAUGUAUAGAGAAGUUGCACCAACCAUAAAGUAGACAGCAGCAUAUCUUUCAUCUAGAUUCUACCAUUGACAGCAUUUAUCCCAGUUCUCUCCCUCUUACUGUUUUUUGACCCACUUGAGAGCUAGUGACACACAUCAUAAUCCUUUACACUUUCAGACCUCAUACCUCAAGCGUGUCUCUCUCAAAGUGGUGGGUAUUUUCUACCCAGGGUAUGCAAAUUUCCAAUGCAAGGUAUUUAGCACUGACAGUAAUUAAUAUACAGCUCACAUUUGGUUUUACUCAUUUGUUUUCUGAAGAAUGCCUGUAGGUCAGUGGUAACAGGUAGAUUCCUCAGACUGCUACGACAGAAUACUAGAGACUGGGUAGUUUAUAAACAAAAGGAACUUCCUUCUCAUAGUUCUAGAGGCUGGGAAAUCCAAGGCCAAGCUGCUGGUGGAUUUGGUAUUUGGUGAGGCACUGCCUUCUUGCCACUUAAGGGAAAAAGGGUUAUUUGGCUCACAGUGCCAGAGGGAUCCAGUCAGCCACAGUGGAGAAGACAUGGCAGCAGGCAGGGAAGGCACUGUGGUGGGAGCUGGAGGCUGGCUGCUCACACUGUAUCCACAGUCCAAAUGUGAGCAGGAAGAAGGACUAGGGCAUAAAGCCAGGAGGUCUGCUCCAGUGACCCACUUCCUUCCCUGAUGCUCCCCUCCUAAAGGAUCUAAUCUCCUCCUUAAAGACCCCUUGAGACCAGACCAGCGCAUUACCUUUUACAUGGACGGUUCCCACUAAAUUGCUUCCC